UGCAGAGGAGAAAGUUUGUCCAGUGAGUACUGGUAGAACAGCGGGCUGAUUAGCUUCCUUCCUCCGCCGGGAAAACUAACAUGGAGUCGGAGGGUUAUAAAUGCGAGCAAAACAUCUUCUCAAACAAACAGGCCUAUGGACAGCUGGAACUCACGAGAAAUUAAACGGACAUAACCGAGUCUUAAAGAUGAAGGAUGUUACGCGACAUGUUGUUUUCUUGUUGACUUUCCUAAUGGGUAGAUCAGGCGGGAUAGAACUGCAUAGCGGAUACUGCAUCGGAACUCAGUGCUUCGCUUUGGCCCAGGAUCCCAGCGACUUCACCACCGCGCAGAACCAAUGCAGAGAUCGUGGUGGGCAUUUAAUGACAGUGCGCUCCACUGUGUCCCAUGAUAUUUUCAAUAUUCUGCUGGGGGAUAUCACGGGGCGGUUCUGGAUUGGGUUACAUCUCACAGCCGGCUGCCCAGACCCUGCUGCGGAUCUGAGAGGCUUCCAGUGGGUCACCAAAGACAGCGAGAGUGACUUUCUCAACUGGGCUCAGAGUUUUAACAGCAGCUGCUCCGCUCAUGCCUGCGUGUCAGUUUCCAAAGAGGACGACUUUAAAUGGACUCAGAAGCCAUGCGCGGAAAAUGCGGCUGGGUUCCUCUGCGAGUACAGCUUCAGUGACCCAUGCACAGGCCUGGCUGCUGAAGAAGGCGAGUCUAUCCUCUACAGUACACCAAUUGGGUUUAAGGGAGAAGAUUUUCUGUCUUUGCCCCCCGGCACCACCGCUGUACGAAUGCCGGCUGAGACUACAUAUGUCUGCUUCUCCCAGAUGUGGAUGCAGGCGCCCUGGAGCUGCGAGAUACACGAGGGUGGGUGUGAGCACAAAUGCACUGUGAAUCCUAACUUCGAGUCCACCUGCUACUGCCCGGCGGGUCAAACCGUGAACCCUGCGAAUAAAGUCACCUGCGAGGUGGUCGCGAAUGACCCGUGCCUGCCGCUGCGGUGCGCGCACGCCUGCUUCAAGAACGAAAGAGACUCCUACGAGUGCAUGUGCAACCAAGGGUACAAGCUGGCGCAGGACGGCAGGACGUGCGUGGACUUCAACGACUGCAGGGACGAGCGGCAGUGUCCGGGGGAGAACUUCGUGUGCGUCAACCACAUCGGGGGGUUCGAGUGCGUCUGCAGGGAUGGUUACAAGCCGAUUGGCGACCAGUGCGUCGACGUAGACGAGUGCGCGUCCGCUCCGUGUGAGCACAUGUGCGACAACACUCCCGGGAGCUACGCGUGCUCGUGCUAUGAUGGAUAUAAAGCAGACCCACAGUCGAUGAAUAAGUGUCAACUGCACUGCGGGAUGGAGGAGUGCCCCGCAGAGUGCGACCCCAAUGACAAGUUCCAGUGUUACUGCCCCGCGGGGUAUAUCGCGGAGGAGAGGGGCGAGCUGACGGUGUGCAUAGACAUAGACGAGUGCGAGUUCGUAUAUUGUGAUCAAGCUUGUAAAAACACUUUUGGCAGCUACGUGUGCUCAUGCUAUCCGGGAUACAAGCUGGUUGGACGGUACUCGUGCUCGAAAAACGAGGAUGACACCGAUGGAGGAUCUGGAGAGGGCACGACUCCGAGCAUCCCCACGGCUCCACCUGUGCCACUUCCAGACCCCACAAGGCAGCCCUCCGCGGUGACAGUGGGGGGGCUUGUGGGGAUUAUAGUGUGCACUGUGUUCUUUGUCGUGCUGGUGGUGUUUCUGGCGCAUCACACUCUCAGCGGCAAGGGGAAGAUGGAGAGCAGCGGUGAGCUCAAAGCUGCGGAGGAAGAGGCUCACGGUUUACAGACAGUAGCGAGUGAUGCUUAGAGAAGGAGACAAGUGAAGCAAGACACGUGAAUGUACAGGUCAACCCUCCGAAACAAUGCAUAGAUAGUUUUGGAUACCAUUUGAAUUAUGUAGAUUUAUCCCGAGACAGAAUAUAGGGUCACUAUACAACUUAUUUCAGGACUAGGGCUGCACAAUUUGAAAGAAAAAACAUUAUUUCGAAUGAUAUUGCAAUUGGCAUAAAGACCAUUUUUUAAAGGUUAUCCAGAUUAUCAUUGAGAAAACAUAUUGAAUUGAAGAUCUGUUCAAAGCAAGGAUAUAUGUAAUUUUUCAAAUCAAUUCUAUAGAAAUAAAGGCUUGUAGGCAUAGAAUAAACUUACCCAAUUGUGAUAUUUUUGCAUGUUUUGCUUUGUGAGAUGUGGAUAUUGCAUGGAUCAUAUUUUGAUUUCAAUAGCAUUUGGAAUAAUUGUGCAGCCCCAUUCAGGACAGAUGUUUUCUUAGAAGACUAGUUUUAUGUAGCCUUCCAUUCAACACACAUGCACCAGAUGCAAUGUAACACAACAUGAUGAGGUACUUUGUUUUAUUUUUGAGUUUGUGCAAUUAUUAAAUUAUAAAAAAAAGUCAA